CUCAAAAAGACGCUGACAAAAAGGCUUUCGAGGAAGCACGAGCCAAAACCAAAAAGAGUUGUGCCCAAGAAGGAUCGGCCUUUCGGCUCUGAAGCUACUGACUUGUAAGCUGUGACUCGAGGCGGCUUCGUGGCUUCCUUCGAGGAACCUCAUCCUGGAAUAGUUCAUAGGAACCGGUGGCCAACGUCCACCUCAGAGGGAGCUACACAUGGCCGAUGCCUACUCAGGCUCAGAGCUGCAUGCAGUGUGUGCCGGGGGAGACCUCGACCGAGUCGAGCAGCUCCUGUCCGACAAGAACUUUGCCAACAACAACAUCAACAGUCUCGUGUACGACGAACGUUUCGGGUCCCUCAUUGCCCCACUCCAUCUCGCAGUGGAAAGUGGGCACGCAGAGAUCAGCGAGCUCCUUCUCAAAAACGGCGCCAUCACCUCUACAAUUGACGGGGAAGGGUACACCCCUCUCCAUAUCGCCUGUAACGUGGGGAGCCUGGAGAUUGCGCAACUCCUCCUCGCCCACGGAGCCGAUCCAGACUUGGUCCAUGAUGCUUCGGGGGCGACUCCUAUAAUUGAGGCCGUUUGCUCCGGUUCCCUAGAGUUGGUUACCACUCUAUUGACCCACGUGAAGAAACCAAAUGCGAAGGAUCUGAAAGGCUGGACGGCGCUCCAUUUUGCCACUCACUACGGCUACAGCGACAUUGUCAAACUCCUCCUGGAUCACGACCUGUCCAUCGACACAAAGAUGAAGAUGGGACGGACUGCGCUCCAUCUCGCCGCAUUUGAGGGAUUCGCAGAGUGUGCCGAGGUGCUACUCAAGAACAAAGCAAACGUCAAUGUCCAGGACGAUGAAGGGUGGACCCCUAUCAUCCUAGCUUGUCAAGAGGGUCACCCUGACGUGGUGAGAGUCAUCUCCAAUCACAAUCCCGAUCUACACCUCAAAAGUGACACCGGGAGAAACGCAAUUCACGCUGCCAGCUUCCACGGUCACGUCUCCUGCAUCCAGUUCCUGAUGGAGCACGGCAGAGCCGAAGUACAAGAGCUACUCGUCACUGAAGACAACGAGGGAUGGACGCCACUUCAUCUGGCAGCACAGGAAGGCCACCUGGACGUCGUCUCUCUCUUGUUGUCGAGCGACUGCCGCUGUGGGGUUAACCCGGUCGCGAAAAAUGGCCGAACGCCUCUACACAACGCGGCCCUCAAGGGAUGGGCAGAAAUAGUCGUGUACCUCAUUCAGCGAGGAGCCGAUGUUAACUCCCACGACUCGAAGCACUGGACUCCUCUCCACGUGGCCAGUCAGCACGGCUUCGCUGCCAUUGUCCAGCUUCUCCUCAACCACAGAGCUUGUGUCGACGACGUAAUCGACAGCAAGCGGAACUCACUCCACCUGGUGGCCUUUGAAGGGCACCUCAACGUAGCACAGGUCCUCCUGGACAACGGUAUCGACUACGGUCUACAGGACAAAGACGAAUGGAGUCCGCUACACCUCGCCGUGCAGGAGGGCCACGAGAACAUAGUGGAGCUCCUACUGAGACAGCCCAUGAUCGACGUCAACGUGAGAGCCAGGAACAAGAGGAUCCCGCUUCACUCGUCGUGCUACCACGGCUGCACCAAAAUCGCACGACUGCUGCUGGAUCACGGAUCAAACUGGAAGGUGUCCGACGAGAAAGGUUGGACGCCUCUCCACCUCUGCUGUCAAGAAGGCCACCUGGAGAUCGUGGAAAUGCUCGUUGGUCUCGGCGCAGACAUCAACGUUCAGGCAGAGAACCUCCGCACGCCCAUCCACCUCUCCUGCAUGAAGGGGAAACUGGAGGUGGUGGAGUACCUCCUCCAGCGAGGGGCGGGGAUCGACAAGAAGGACACGCGCCAGUGGACUCCUCUCUGCAUCGCCUGCCACCACAAUCACCUCCAAGUCGCCGAGUACCUCAUCCAGAUGGGUGCGACUGUCAACACAAAGAUUGGCGGAGGGAGAAACCCCCUUCAUCUCGCCGCAUUUAACGGGUUCCUGGAGAUAUGCUCGCUGCUGAUCAAGAGCGGAGUCGAUGUGAAUGCGAGGGACAACGAGGGGUGGACACCGCUGCACCUAGCUGCCCAGGAAGGCUCCCUGAAGGUGGUUCAGCUGCUGCGAGACAUGGGAGCCGAUGUGAAGGUCGCUUCGAACACCGGCCGAAAACCGCUCCACAUGUGUGCGUCGUCCGGACACACCGACAUUGUGGAGUACCUGAUUGCAUGGACGGAGGAGAUCAACAUGGCCGACGGGAAACAGUGGACGCCUCUCCACUCCGCCUGCAACAAAGGCCACCUCGAAACAGCCAAGCUCCUCGUUGAGAAUGGGGCCAACAUCGACGCCGUCAUCCAGAUGGGUCGAAAUUCGCUCCACCUCUGCGCCUUCAACGGUCACAAGGGAGUGGCAGAGUUUCUGGUGGAAAUGGGUACCGAUAUCCACCUCAAGGACAGAGACGGGUGGACCCCUCUUCAUCUCGCUGCGCAGGAAGGCCACAUAAACAUCGCAGUGUUCCUCCUUUCAAAGGGAGCCGAUGCCUCGAUCCAAGCUAACAACCUCCGAAUUCCCCUCCAUCUUGCUGCCAUGCACGGCCACGCCGAUAUCGUAGAGGUGCUGCUCAAGCAUUGCCCGCAGUCGGACGCGCUUGACUGCAAGCUGUGGACCCCGCUUCACUCCGCCUGCAACAAGUGUCAGACAAACGUGGUGAGAGUCCUCAUUGAAAACGGUGCCGACAUACACAAGGUGAUCGAUACCGGCCGAAACUGCAUCCACUUGGCGGCGUUCAACGGAGGCAGAGAAGUGUGCGAGAUUCUCCUCGACAACGGCUGUGAUCUUCUGGCGCAGGACAAGGACGGGUGGUCGUCUCUCCAUCUCUCCGCACAGGAGGGGCACCUGGAGGUCGUUCGUCUCUUCCUCGAGCACGAUGUGGAGGUGGAGGUACGCUCAAACGACGGACGAACGUCGCUUCAUCUUGCCUGUCUCAAGGGGCGCACGGAGGUGGUCCAACUGCUGCUGUCACACGGGGCUGCAUGCGAUAUCGUUGACAACAGCACCUGGUCCCCGCUCAUCGACGCCAGCAACGGAGGAUACCUGGAGCUGGUGAAGAUCCUCCUCAAUCGCCAGGUGAGGAUCAACAUCCAGACAAACGGCCGAAAAGAAACCGCGCUCCACCACGCGAUCUACAACAGCCACCAGGAGCUAGCAGCCUACCUCAUCGAGCGAGAUGCAAACUGUACCCUCACCGACAGCUUGGGGCAGACGGCACUGCACCUGGCCGUGUCGAAGGGGUUUCUCAAACUAGUCCAGCAGAUGGUGCAGGGUGGACAGGUCUCGAUAUACGAUAAAACCAUCAACGGAGACAGCCCGCUGAAGUUAGCGUGCGCCUCGGGACACUUGGAGGUUGUGGCGUACCUUCUACACAAGGGUGCAGUGCUGAAUAACAUGAUGGAGGACGGACAAGCCGCGCUAGAGGUGGCCCGAAGCAAGGGACACAACGGUAUCGUAUGCCUCCUCAUAAACUCUGGCUGCCUGGACGGUUGGUACGUUGGGUAGCGUGGUCCUCUCCCACGGCUGUCCUUUGUGUCAUGUGUGUCCGUGUAUCUCGUCUGCCAGUGCAUUAUUCAAAGCUAAAUUGUAUACCUCUGCUGUACUCGUUUGUAUGGCGCUUUCAUGCUCACAUGAAUACUAGGUCGCAAUUAUUUCAACUGCUGUUUGUAAGCUGCAGUUUUAUAGAGAAGCUCAUAUAUAUAAAAUACGACAAAAUUGAGCUAUGUUUAUGCUUUACACAGCCAGAUUUGUGUAUCGUCUAUUUUAGUCUCUUUCUUUCCAAAUUUAUAUAUUUUCAGCUGAUGACCAAAAGUCAUGUGUACUGCUCAAAAACCAUCACCACUGUUAUAAUAUUUAGCUGAUUAAUAAAAUAUUAUGCUGAUUAAACUGGUGGUAACACAGCUGCCAUAUGAGCCACAAAUACACAGUGUUAGUGUUACAAUUUCGAGGUUUGUUC